UUUACUUUGUUCAAUUCACUUUUUUCAUCACUUUUUCCAUUCAAUCCUCUCACCUCUUCUCUUCUAAUCAAUCUUUGCACGGAUCCAUGGGGGAAAAAACUAUUGACUCUACUUCUAAACAUCGGGAACAACAUGGAGAGGCAAAAGAUGUUGUUAGAAGAACCUUGAAGACCAAGAUUAAACAAUUAACUAAUCAAAUCCUUGUUGAGAGAGGGCAAUCAGUCAAAGAAAAAAUUCAAAGACAUUGGGAGCAUCUUGAGCUUUUGUUUUCAAUAGUCAUGUCAAUAAUAUUUGAAAGGGGGUCUUUGGAAACCGAGAAAAAUGUCAAUAUGCUUUCUUCAAGAAUUCACAAUCCUUUAUGUAAAUUAAGUGGCUUUCCUAAAGGUAUUGUGGAGAAGAAUCAAAUCAACAAUGUUGACUUAUCACCAACAAAAAGCAUUAGGAUUCCACACACGGAUAAAUUACCACAAUAUACAUCUUGGGUAUACGUGGCUAGAAAUGAGAGAAUGGUCGAUGAUCAAUCGGUUAUCGGGAAAUACCAAAUGUACCAUGAUAAAAAUAAAGGUGAAAUGGUGAUAUGCAGUGACAAUGAGGAAGAGAUAGUAGAUCCCGAGGAUGUCAAACAUGAAUUCACUGAGGUUGAAGACAAAUUUUUGCGGAUGACGCUUGAAGAAUAUGGGUGUACUGAGGAGGUAUUGAAUGUCGUUAAAAAAUUUGUUAAGACUACUAAUUCAGAAAUUCAGGAGAGGUAUGAAAAACUCAAGGAAAAGAAUAUGGAGAUUCUAGACCAACAUUGUGAAGAUUGUCAUUGUAGAGGAUGUGAAAAUCAUCUUGGAUUAUGUUUGGAAAAAAGCUUGAGUGUUACUUUAGAAACUUUCAAUAAUCUUUUAUGUCGACAAUGUCUGAUCUUUGAUUGUCCUAUGCAUGGCAUUAAUAAACCUUUAGUAUACCAUAGUGAAAACCAACCAGUUUGGCUUGAACCUGAAGGUGAUAAGAAACCAUGCAGUGAUCAAUGUUACCUCAUGUUAAAGGAUGCUAGGAUUUUGUCGAAAAAUUCAACUCAAUGGUCUUUUCAAGAUAAAGUAAUUACAACAAUGGAAGAGGACUCAAUAUUGCCUCGUGAUGAUGAAGAAAACCACACAGUGUAUUAUGCAUCUUUGAAAAGUCUUGUUGAACAUACUUCAGAAAAACUAACAAUUUCUGGUAGCUCUGGCCAUGGCGAGUGUGACAAAAGAGUUGUGGAUGGACAAAAAGAUCUCAUAAAUGGGAUAAAACUUAACCAAAUAUCCAUUUCAAGGGAAGUGCAAGCUAAUGGGAUGUCAAGCGACUCAUAUUGGAGACCUCUGGAAAUGGAUUUGUAUUUGAAGGGAGUAAAAAUGUUUGGAAAAAAUAGUUGCCUUAUAGCCAUUACCUUACUUCCUGGCUUGAAGACAUGCUUGGAAGUAGCUAGGUACAUGUUUGGUGGUGGGGAGUUAAUGACCAAUGGAUUCAUACCAAGUUCAAUCAUGGAAAAAAAUGAAAAGAUCAAUGCAGGGUGCACAGACCAAGAAAUGUCAUCAAGAUCACGACCGCAACGAAAAAAAGGAAAACCUAAAAAGUUCAAUUAUUCUCGAAAGUCUGCUGGCCUCCCACCUAGAUGGCGAAAAAUUGCUUAUGGGCAAAACUUGUGUAAUAAGCAAUAUACUCCUUGUGGGUGCCAUGGAAUAUGUGGAAAGGAAUGUUCCUGUCUUGUUAAUGGAACUUGCUGUGAAAAAUAUUGCGGGUGUUCAAAACACUGCAGUAAUCGAUUUAGAGGAUGCCGUUGCACAAAAAGUCAAUGCAAAAGUCGAUCAUGUCCAUGUUUUGCAGCCAACCGUGAAUGUGACCCAGAUGUUUGUCAAAAUUGUUGGGUUAGUUGCGGUGAUGACUCAUUGGGGAGGCUACCUCGACAUGAAGAUGCUAAGUGUGGAAAUAUGAAUCUUCUUUUAGGGCAAAAAGAAAGGAUUCUUUUGGCAAAGUCAGAUGUUAUAGGAUGGGGAGCCUUUGCAAAGAACCCAAUUAGCAAAAAUGUUUGCCUAGGAGAGUACACGGGUGAGCUAAUCCCUCCUAAAGAAGCAGAAAAGCGUGGGAAACUAUAUGAUCGCAUAAACACUUCCUUCCUUUUUAACCUCAAUGACCAGUGGGUUAUUGACGCUUUUCGCAUGGGAGACAAGUUAAAAUUUGCAAACCAUUCAUCAAAGCCCAACUGCUAUGCAAAGGUGAUGCUUGUUGGAGGAGAUCAUCGAGUCGGCAUAUUUGCCAGGGAAAACAUUAAAGCUGGUGAUGAGAUUUUUUAUGACUAUGGCUAUGAUCUAGAUUCUGCACCGCUAUGGGCUCUUCCACCCAACGAGGCGGCCAAGAAAGACAAAUUAGUUGUUUCUCUGAGUAGGACAAAGAAAAAAGAAAAAAAAUCAGUUUCAUUUCAAUAAUAAGUCUCACAACACACUUUUAUAUUCUACCAAAAAGAAUAAUAUUUUGAUUAAGUUUUCUAAAAGUGUAUUUUUUUUUCUUUAUAGAAUACAUAUUUAACUUAUCUAUUUUCA